AUGGAGGUGGGUAAAUUUAGCUAUUGUGUUUUGAGGAAUCAGCUGGUGGCGUGUUCAAUUGUGGAAGUUGCAGUGAUGAACACUCUUUUGGCUGCUCAAAUGUCUCUUGCUUGCCUUCUCACGCUGACAGGAACUCUGUUGAAUGAUAUUGAUGGGCUGCCAAACUUGGUUAAGAAAAGGUUUCCCAUGGACGAACUUCAUAGAUUUGAAAAGCCUGGACCUGAGAACAACAAUGUCGGGGAUCCAGAGGAUGCCGGUGAAGAUGAAGACGACGACGAUGAUCAGGAUGAUGAUGAUGCUGGCGAUGCAGACUUUUCAGGGGGUGAAGAAGGGGGAGACGAUGAAGAAGAAGCAGAUCAUGAGGAUGAUCCCGAGGCUAAUGGCAACGAAGGCAGUGAUGAUGAGGAUGACGAUGACAGUGACGGUGAUGAUGACGAGGAUGGUGAGGAUGACGAGGAAGAAGAGGAGGACGAGGAAGAAGAGGAGGAUCAACCACCAGCUAAGAAGAGGAAGUGA